AUUUAUCCUAAAAUGGAGAAAACAACAAUCCUAUUCAUGGCAAUUCUCUAUCAGGUACUAAGAUGUGCAGAUUCCUGUUUUGAUCUACAAACAACAAUUACCCGUGUUCCGGAUUGUCCACGUACCGAGGCGGAGUGGAACGUAGCAGCAAUACGUAAGAAGUGUGACUCCGUCUGUGACACGUCAAGGUAUCACUGUCUAAUCACCAAGGAAAUGAAUGCUACCAUUGAAGUUUGUGCUGUACCGAUGUUCAUGCAAGGUUUCUGUGCGUAUUUCAACGUGGAGCAGAACAGAAUACGAAACCUGUAUGCUGCAGAUUGUUCUAAAUUUACUACUCCUUGUCCUACACGAUAUGAAUCGACUGAAGCAUUUAAGUAUCCCGCAUGUUAUGAUCUUAUUAUGGUAUACGCAACUGUGGCUCCUAAGCCUACAAGUUUGUCGACCGAUUCCAUCUCUCUCAAUAUUUCAGGGGUCCGUGUUAAAUUGAAUGGAAUGAUGUCCUCUGAUAGCAUCCCUGUUUUACCAAUCAUCCUGCCUGUACUUCUCAUCAUCGUUAUUGGAAUAGUCAUAGUCGUUGUAGUAUGGAUGAAAAGGAGAGGAUCCUUACAGUUUGAAAAGCCCAGUGGAAAAGGGUCGGAUCUUGAGCAAAGACCUAUUUCAUUGGAAAGUCAUGAAAAUAUCAUAGGAGAAAGAGAAAAAUUGUUAGAAAAUGAAGAAGAUAUGGAAAACGAAAGAGAGAGAAAACAUAAUGCUGAAAUUGAAAAAUUAAAGAGGCAAUAUGAUGCACGAUUAGAGGAAAUGAACAAAGAAAUUAAAAGGUUGCAACAACAGAAAGAUAUACAGGAGGGAGACAAGAUGGCCUUAAUGAUGCAAGUGAUAGAGAAAAAUCAAGAAUGCAAACAACUAAAUAACAAAUUACAAGAGGCAAAGGGAAAUAUUCGAGUACUUUGUCGAAUAAAAGAUUGCGAUGGUCCAAAGUGUUUAUCUUCUGACUGCAAGUUUGUUAAACUGAAUGGGACUGAGAAGAAAUACACUUUUGAAAGAGUGUUUGGAGAAAAAAGCACACAGGUGGAGGUUUACAGAGAAAUACAAGAGUUAGUCAGGAGUUUUCUUGAUGGAUACAAUUUGAGUAUAUUCGCAUAUGGACAAACAGGGUCUGGUAAAACAUACACAAUGGAGGGACCAAACUGGAAUAAAACAGCAAAUAAUGAAAAUCAAGGCAUAAUCCCCAGAGCAAUGCAGCAAGUAUUUAAGGCAAUUGAGGACUUGAAAGUUUGUGGAUGGAAGUAUCAUUUAAAAGCAUCGUACAUGGAACUCUACAAUGAAAAAAUUCGUGACUUAUCAAAAGGUUCAACUGAUAAUGAAGAUCAUGUUAUCAGGUAUCCAAAAGAUAAUGACAAAGCGAUGGUUACAAAUCUCACUGAAGAAGACGUUUGUAAUGAGCAAGAGGUAUUGAAUUUUUACGAAAAAUGUUCAAAGAAUAGAACUUCUGCAAAAACGGAGAAAAAUGAGAGGUCUUCAAGAAGCCAUGCAAUAUUUAGAUUGGAAAUGACAGGAAAAGUUGAGAAUGUAGAAGGCAUUAAAGAUACAUGUUCAGGUACACUCACACUAGUGGAUUUAGCUGGCAGUGAGAAGCUGGCAACCUCUAUGUCAAGUACUGCGGGUCAAGAAACAAAAAACAUCAAUCUAAGUCUUUUGGAACUUACUAAAGUUUUGCGUAGUCUUCGAUCAAAGGACCCUACUACAUACAGAAAUUCAAAACUUACACAUUUGCUGAAAAAUUCUUUGGGAGGCAACAGUAAAACUCUGAUGAUUGUAAAUGUUUCCCCUGCUACUGAAUGUCAAAAUGAAACAGUGAGGUCACUGGAAUUUGGGAGAGACGUCAGUAAAGUUAUACUCGAGAAUAUUCCAAGGAAGAAUAAGUAAUUUUAGAAGACUUGCUUUUGAGUAAAGUAAAUAACUUGUAUGAUUUCCAAUUUGUUCUGCAUCUUAGUUUAUGUUAACGAUCUAAAUGAACGUAAGAUACCCGUAUUUUAGAAAAACAAGACUAUGCACGAAACAAGUAUAUGAUAUGACAUGUUGUGUAUUAAGAAUUAAACUAUUCUUGUUAAACUGCAUAAAUGAAUGCAUGAUAUGAAGUAUGCGAAAUAAUAAUUUAUUUAUUAUAUCCAGAGUAAAUAAUAUGAAUACUUAUUAUAAAUCUUAAAAAUAUGUAUUUUAUUGCAUAUUUGUAUUGUCCUGCAAGAGUACGAUUUGUCUUCAUUUUUGUACAAUGAAAUACGCAUGCCUGAGACUCUUGAUGUAUAUGUACUAUCUUUUUAUUACCUUAAGAUAAAUUAGCUUCCUUCAUCUUCAAGAAGAUCCUCGAAUGGGACGUUAAACAACAACAAUUAAUCAAUCUUCAAGAAAACUGUUUUCAUUGUUUGUAUCUUUGACUGGGGUAAUAUAUCAUGGCUUAAAAUCAACAAAACCUCUAGAUGCAUUUUUCCAUCCAUGGUACAUAUUAAAUA